AUGAGUCUCUCUAAAAGUAACAGUGAGAACUCUCUUCCUAACGUAGAUGAGUUCAAUUCCUGCGAGUUUCGGGAUUCAGCACUCACUGUCUUUGUCAUCGGUGCAUCGGGCGACUUGGCGAAAAAGAAAACCUAUCCGUCGCUCUUUGCGCUUUACAUCAUGGGAUACUUACCUGAACAUGUGGUUAUUGUCGGUUACGCUCGUAGUAGCAAGAGUGAUGAGGACUUUCGUGCGCAGAUUGCACCGUAUAUUAAGCCAAAGACACCCGAGACUGAAGCUCGUAAAGAUGCUUUCCUUAAUAAAUGCAUCUAUCGUAGCGGUAAUUAUGACUCGGCUGACGAUGUAGGUACGGUCAGUAAGGAGAUGGAAGCGAUGGAAGAAGCUCAUGGCUCAGCCAUGGCCAACCGUCUCUUUUACUUUGCCAUUCCCCCCACAGUUUUUGUACCGAUUGGCACAAGUAUCAAAAAGGCGGGACUAACUACACGUGGUUGGAAUCGACUUAUUAUUGAAAAGCCUUUUGGCCGCGACCUUGAUUCAUUUGAUGAGCUUUCCAAGGAUAUGGGUGCACUUUACAAUGAAGAUGAAAUCUAUCGUAUCGACCAUUAUCUUGGCAAGGAAAUGGUGCAGAAUUUACUCGUACUACGCUUUGGAAAUGCGAUAUUUGAGCCUGUUUGGAAUCGCAAUUAUAUUUCAAGCGUGAGCAUCACGUUUAAAGAGGUCAUUGGGACACAAGGUCGUGGCGGCUAUUUUGAUUCUUUUGGAAUUAUUCGCGAUGUGAUGCAGAAUCAUCUCUUGCAAGUGCUUACGCUUAUAGCUAUUGAGCCACCCGUGCUUGCUGCUGGCGAAAAUUAUUCGAAUUAUAUUCGCGACGAGAAAGUUAAAGUGCUUAAUUGUAUUGAACCCAUUAAGCUCGAAAACACGGUUUUGGGUCAAUAUCAAGGUGACAAGGAACGCAAUGAACCGGGUUACCUUGAAGACCCUACCGUUCCUAAGGACUCAGUAACUCCUACGUUUGCCACUGCCAUCAUGUACGUAAACAACCAGCGAUGGGCUGGCGUACCAUUCAUCAUGAAAGCUGGCAAAGCUCUGAACGAGCGCAAGGUUGAGAUCCGUGUGCAGUUUUGCCGGCCUCCUGGAGUCGAGCACAUGUUUCCAGGUAUUCAGAUCCCAGUCCAGGAGCUGGUACUUCGUCUACAGCCAGAAGAAGCCGUGUAUCUCAAGAUUAAUGUCAAAAGUCCCGGUUUGCAAACCCAAGCCAUCUCGAGUGAACUAGAUCUGUCCUACUCUGAGCGUUACGAAGGCACUGAAUUACCCGACGCCUAUACUCGUUUAAUGCUGGAUGUGCUACGUGGCAAACAAGCUGCUUUUGUACGUGAUGACGAGCUACGCGCCGCUUGGAAGAUAUUCACACCGCUGUUGAAGGAGAUUGAGGAUCAAAGAGUGAAGCCAUUGCCGUAUGCGUUUGGCUCGCGUGGUCCUACAGAAAGCGACGAGUUGAUUAACAGAGUUGGCUUUCACUACCACGAUGUAAGCUUAAAUGCAAAAAAGAUGGCUCAAAGACAACAGCCAAAUGAAUGUCGAGGGCCUCAUUUUACUGAGCAUCUCAUGCUACUACAUCCGCAUAUAUAUCAUCAACCAUCCACUUGUGACAAUCUAUCAGACUACAAUGUGACUGAAGUUCCAUCAAUGGAUGAAGAAACAUCACAGGAGUCUGAAGAUGGAUAUAAAAAAGAAAUGACUUGUAAUGACGACGUACCAACAACUGAGACGAGUGAGUUUAUUGAGAUCGAAUCGAAGGAACAAAAGGAGUCAAAUCAUACAUCUCCUGUGACGUUAAGCUCUUUAAAUGAAGAGACUACGGACAUACUACAGCAGCUACAUUAUAACAAGAUGGAGUGUGUGAUUGAAAGGAAGGAAACACCAACGCUUAUAUCUGAUGAACGAUACAGUAAACGCACACAACGUACAGUCAAUGCCAUCAACAUGCCGCAAAGAUUAAUAUCCAGUCGUAAAUCUCGCAGACAGCGAACUCAAAAUUUGGACACGUGUCGUGGUGUUUGCCCUACGAUGGCGAUGACUGCAUCUACAUGCUUAAAGGAAGAAAAGGUGAAUAAAGGAAGGAAACGUGCACUGACAACGAAAUGUAGCGACAUAAAAACGUAUGAGUGUAAAUUGUCGUGUGUACAAGAGAAGAAAAAGAUGCCGUCAAAACGACAAAGUCGUAAGGCGCGUCGCUCUGGUGAACCUUUUUACUCAUUUGAGAUCCAGACAAAAUUUGUUUCAAAGCUUAUUGCCGAGCUUUAUCAAGAACAAGAGAAAGAUGAUCGAGACAUAUACAGCAUAACGAAAGAAACGGUUCUUACUGAGACGAAAGCGUGCGAACGAUCUCAGGAAGUUCGAGAGCUGAGUCUUGAAGACUUUCGACGGUUGAUGACGUACGGUGAAGUGUCAGUUGAGUCAGUAGCUUCUACAAUCCUCCCUUUACUAAAUCUUGACGUUAAGGAUGUGUUCUUCGAUCUUGGUUGUGGCACGGGAAAGAUUCUUGUGCAAGCUGCGCUCCAAACUCCGUGUAAACGAACGAUUGGCAUUGAACUAAUGCAGAAUCGUGUUUUAGGAGGACACAAGGCGUUAACUCGUUUGAAAGAUCGAGACUUUCCCAUCUUGCAAAACAAACAAGUCGAGAUUUAUCAAGGUGAUAUCUUUGUGCCUCCAGAAGAAGCUCGUUUGAUGGACGCGACUGUGGUUUUCGUGAACAAUGUCAUGUUUGGCCCACAACUCAUGCUGAAGGUUAUGCAGCUUUUAAAAGCUAUGCCUAAGUUGCGAUGUGUCAUGACGCUUCGGAAGAUUUGUGAGCGUCAUGGUCAUGAGAAGUGUUCGCGUGCUGGAAAUUAUUGUGUUGAGUACGUCCAGCCACCGAUUGAACAAAAGAUUGAUGUGUCUUGGGCUGAUAAAGCGUCCAUCUACUUUUACGAAAGCGUCGACUACAAAUUGAGACAGUUGACACAAGAGCUCGCAAAUGGUGCUCACCAAGUUGUUGACUGGUACAAUAAAGGGAAUGAGUGA